CCAAAAAUUAACCAGCACAGUUUUUAAUUUGUAGCACAGUAAAAAAAAAAAACAGGCUUAGUGCAGUUUGCGAAUAUCAAGACCAAAACAGAGAACGAAAUCAGCAGCAAUAUGUCGUCCGAGGAGUUGGCACCAGUUAACGAACAAGACCUAAAGGAUCUGAAGGAGCGAAUGAAACUGAUAGUCGAUGCAGACCCUACUCAAUACCAUAAUGAUUUCUCCUUGAGGCGCUAUUUGAGAGCAUUUAAGACGACAGAUGCCGCAUUCCAAGCCAUAUUGAAGACAAACAAAUGGCGCGAAACAUAUGGCGUGGCCAAGCUGGGCGACAUGGAUCGCAGUGGUCUGGAGGGCAAGGCUCGGGUAUUGCGUCAUCGUGACUGCAUUGGCCGUCCAGUAGUCUACAUUCCAGCUAAAAACCACAAUGCUUCUGCACGUGACAUUGAUGAGUUGACUCGCUUUAUAGUGUACAAUCUGGAGGAGGCUUGCAAAAAGUGUUUUGAGGAGGUAACCGAUCGGUUGUGCAUUGUUUUUGAUCUAGCCGACUUUAGUACCUCCUGCAUGGACUAUCAGCUGGUUCAGAACCUCAUUUGGCUGCUGAGCAAGCAUUUUCCGGAACGUCUUGGAAUUUGUUUAAUCAUCAAUUCACCAGGAUUGUUUUCCACCAUUUGGCCAGCAAUCCGAGUGCUUUUAGAUGAUAACACCGCCAAGAAGGUCAAAUUUGUUGGCGAUGAAGUGGAGCUAUGUCAAUAUCUUAUACCAGACAUUCUUCCAACGGAUAUGUAAGCUAAAAUGGGCCAAAGAUUAACCUUAACGACGCUGCGUUCCAAUUUAGUCAUAGACAUAUCUCGCAAGAAAGAGAAACCAGUACCAGUACCUAAGUGGGCGAACCCAGAUGCAUACCGAAAACAUAGAGAGGACGCUUUUAGCAUGUACUCUAUAUAUAUAUAGAACUUGAUGUAUUUAAUGAUUGUUGAUUGUAAAAAAGAACAUUGUAUUUUAUUGAACAAAUCUGUUAGUAUGAUGUUGACUAUUUUAGAUAAUUGUUUAUCUAUUGCCCAACCCAUAUUUAUAUUGUAUAUACCAAUAUAUAUAUAUAUACAUACAUAAAUAUUGAUAUCUAUAUACGUGUCUAUGUGUAUAUAAAAUAAAGUUGUAAAACAAAACCA